CUCAGUGUAUCGGCGCUGGAUUACUCCUGUCUGUUCCCCGUCGUCAGUUGCUAGCAGCUGCGGCUCGUCGCUGUCACUUCUCCAAACACAUUCAUCACCGGACAAACCGGGAGAAAAGAUUCCGCCUCGUCUCCGCCGCAGACAGACGCUCGGAACCCCGCAGGAACCAUGUCCACCGCCCUGGAGAGCUACAUCAACCGCACCGUGGCCAUCGUGACGUCAGACGGACGGAUGAUCGUGGGCACCUUGAAGGGCUUCGAUCAGACCAUCAACCUGAUCCUGGACGAGAGUCAUGAGCGAGUGUUCAGCUCCAGUCAGGGGGUGGAGCAGGUGGUGCUGGGCCUGUACAUCGUCCGGGGCGACAACGUCGCCGUGAUCGGAGAGAUCGACGAGGACACCGACUCCACUCUGGACUUAGGAAACAUCCGAGCCGAGCCGCUCAACUCCGUCGCCCACUGACCCGUCGACCUCUGACCUCUGGAUCCACCUCCCCCUUCACCCCCUCCCUCCACCGUCACCGUCCCCUGGCUGCCGUCUCCAUGGCAACGGGAGGAGGACGACGACGACGACAGCCCCGUCGUCGGUUCACCGUCGUGAACAGGAAGUGACAUCGAACUCGAUGUGACACUGGAUCAAUAACACGAACUAAAACAGUUAGAGAUGAAAUAUUUAAUCCAGCGACGAGUGUCUGACGUCUUUCAGUUUUUUAUUAAUAAAGAAGUGAAGUUGUUUUUUGUAAGAUUGUUGUUUGUUUAAUAAAGUUUCAUUUCUCAUA